AUGGUCAUAAUAAGACCACUGCGUCCUCGGCUUGGAAAAUCGAGUGCUAAAUUGGUCGUUGCUGUCGUAUGGUGUGGUGCUCUAGCUACAGCAGGUCCUAUACCAGUCGUGUCAGAAAUUCAAAGACCAACAGACUGGCAUCAAGUAUGUAAAGCGGAUAUAUGCCUCGAGCAUUGGAGCAGUCCAAAUCAAAGUCGUCAGUAUACUUGUGCAUUGAUGAUUUUGCAGUUCUUGUUACCAUUAACAGCACUGGUAUACACUUACGCUCGUAUAGCUCACGUAGUGUGGGGUGGAAGACCUCCGGGUGAAGCACUUUCUGAACGGGAUUCACGUAUGCAGCACUCCAAAAGAAAGGUAUUAUGGACAAUCCACGAAAAAGACGAAGAGUGGGCAACUUGGCCGGGAAUGCCUUAUGUUUGGUUUGCAAGUCAUUGGCUGGCGAUGUCCCAUUGCUGUUAUAAUCCCAUUAUUUAUUGUUAUAUGAAUGCCAAGUAUAAGCGAGGUUAUAAACAGGCGUUAAGCUGUCUACUAUGUAGAAUACGAGAGCCUCCUACUCGCUUUGACCAUCGUUAUAGCGUCUGUGAAGGCAUACCUUUAUCAGAAUUAGCAGGCUUUAAUGGAACAAUGCGUCGAGGUACUUCAAGCAGCUGCAUGAGUCGCUUACAUAGGGCACCCACCACCACCAGUACAUCGUGUGCCUCCACGCGACGAGGACAAGCCAAUGUAGGCAGUGCGAAUAAUAAUCUGUUUCUACGUACUUCGAAUGGUUCCAAGCAUUUAAUAGAAUGUUCUACUGGAACACUCGGCGUAACCCCGCCGGUGCGUGCCGUCUCCGUGCGAACUCAUUUCAAUUAG